AUGGAAAAUUAUCAGGAUAGAAUUACUCCUACACGAAGGUCAGUUGGCCAACAGAGGCGUCGCAGGAGAGAAUUUCAAAAUGAUACACAAAUGGUUAAUGAAGAUUCUCAUCGCACUGAGAAUCAUAAUUCGAAACGGAUGCGUCCUGGAAAUAUCAUUAUUAGAGAGAGGGAGGAAGGAUCAUAUGCGCCUCAUGAUACUGAUUCUGACGAAGAGUCAACAUUUUUACCUAGAAGAAGUGAUAUUAUGCCCGACAUGACCUUACAACGGACACCUUUAGUUGGUACCACAUUCUCAGCUCAAAACAUUCCAAUGCCCUCAGUUACUGUUGAAGAAGAAAAUGUUGAUUAUGAUAGUGAUGAAGUAGAUUACGGCGACGACGACAUACAUUCCCAAAAUACAACCAUGAACCAGAUCCCGACUCUUCACACCAAUAUACGUCAUUUUCUGGGACAAAUGGAUGUUGAGUGUCGCCAUUGCGGGGCAUUGCACUGGAUGGCGGAAAAACUAACAAGUUCAUCUUUGAUAAACCCGAAAUUUGGUAUGUGCUGUCUUCAAGGAAAAGUUCGGCUUCCUUUACUGCGUGAACCUCUAAGACCCUUAAGAGAAUUAUUUGAAGGCAAUGACGCAAGAUCAACUUCUUUCCGUAAUUAUAUCAGAGAGUAUAAUGCAGCAAACGCAUAUACCAGCCUUGGAUGCAAAUUGGAUGAAAGAAUUUUGAAAGGAAGAGGUCCAAGACCUUUUGCAAUACAUGGGGAACUAAGACAUUUGACAGGAGGAAUUCUGCCACUGCCUGGGAAUGAGAGACAUGCGGUUUACUCACAACUAUACAUCUAUGAUCCUGCUUUUGCAUUGUUUGUUCGUGGCGAACGAAAUCCUAAUUUAAAUGUGGAUGUCCUUCAAACAAUUCAGGAUACUAUGCUCCAAUUUAAUGUUUUCUAUACCAAGUAUCGCCAAGCAUAUACAAUAUUGGAUCAAAUGAGUCAUGCAGACCCGAAUUUCCGUGUUUCCCUUCAGUACAACAAAUCAACUGAUGUAAGACAUUAUAAUCUACCGGUAGCGGAAGAGAUUGUGGUUAUCGUACCAGAAAAAACUUAUAAACAGACUGGGCCGCGAGAUAUUAUAUUGCAUUUGAGAGAAAAUAACGGGCUACAACAAAUUUCGGAGUGUCAUCCAGCAUACUUGCCUUUACAUUAUGUUUUGUUCUUUCCUUUUGGAGAGCUGGGAUGGUCACCAACAUUAAGGCACUGGGAUGCGGCCGCGAAUACCUAUACGAAUACCAAAUUAACUCAAAUGGAGUGUUAUAAUUACCGCAUAUUUGAACGUCGUUCAGAAUAUUCCACCAUAUUAAGAGCCGGAAAACUAUUUCAACAAUUUUUGGUUGAUGCAUGGGCCGCUACAGAACAGAGUAAACUUGCAUGGAUCAGAUUCCACCAACCGACUUUGCGUUCGGAUUGUUACAGUUGCAUCGCAGAUAUGACAAAUGAUGAUUUGAAUCCGGGGGAUAGAGGUAAUCCUUUUAUUUUACCAUCUUCACAUACUGGGAGCGGAAGGCAUAUGCAUGAGAUAUAUCAGGAUUCAAUGGACAUUACACGUUUUCAUCACCAUCUCGAUAGUUUUCUUACAAUGACAUCUAAUCCUAAUUGGCCAGAAAUAAGAAAUGCACUUUUCCCACGUCAAACUUCACUUGAUCGUCCUGAUCUGGUGGCUCGCGUUUUUGAGAUUAAAAGAAAAGCUCCGAUGAAAGAAAUAAAGGAAAAAAAGGUUUUCGGUACAGUUGUUGCCCAUGUUUAUACCAUCGAGUUUCAGAAACGAGGAUUACCGCACAUGCAUUGUCUUAUAUUUUUAAAAGAUUCCGAAAAAAUUCGUACGUCAGACAUGGUUGAUAAAUUUGUUUCCGCUGAAUUUCCGGAUGAGAAAAAUGACCCCAUACUAUUUGACACGGUCAGCAAGUGUAUGGUUCACGGUCCAUGUGGAGAUCGAGAUCCGGGUGCACCGUGUAUGGCAAAAGAAAAAUGUACCAAAGGAUAUCCAAAGAAUUACACAAACACAACAACUUUGGAUGAGGGUGGGUAUCCAAGUUAUUGUCGGCGUCGGUAUGGAAGAGAAUUAACGGUCAGAAAUAACAAAAAGGCAUAUAAUAUUGAUGUUGUUCCAUAUAAUCCACAUCUAUCAAGAAUGUUCAAUUGCCACAUCAAUGUGGAAAUAUGUGCGGGCAUAAGAGCGGUUAAAUAUAUUAACAAAUAUAUUUUCAAAGGUGGUGAUCGAACUACGAUGGUAUUGGGAGAACAUGACGAGAUUCAACAGUACAUUGAUGCGAGGUACAUUGGACUUGCCGAGGCAGUAUGGCGUUUAUUGGAGUACCAGUUACAUGAAGAGAAUCCGAGUGUACAGCGGUUAUCCGUGCAUCUACAAAAUAAGCAACGAGUUGUGUAUAAUUCAAAGCGAUCAAUGAGCUCUGUUAUACAAACAACACAGGAACAUAAGACCACUUUGAUGGGUUACUUUGAGUAUUAUGCUAAAACUCCAACAGCUCCGGCCUAUACUUAUCAAGAGUUCCCGCAACACUUUGUAUGGAAAAAAGAAACUAAAGAGUGGAAAAUCAGACAACAAGGUUUUUCAAUUGGAAGAAUGUAUUUUGUUAGCCCUAAUGCUGGCGAGUUGUACUACUUACAUAUGUUACUCACAAAUGUAAGAGGUGCCCAGUCUUUUGACGGGUUAAGGACUGUAACUAAUGGAGAAGCGUGCACGGUCCAUGAUACGUUAAAAGAGGCAUGCAUUGCACUGGGAAUAUUAGCAAAUGAUGGAGAAUCGUAA